GGCUGUGUCCACAUUCCCUGGCUGCUAUCCAGCCAGCAGGAGCUGAGACAACAGUCUGUGAGGGCUGAGCAGAGGCCGCGAAGGGGAGGAAGCAGCAGGAGCCACUAAGGAGAGGGCACUAUCCAGCUCCCAGAUGCUAGGCCUCCUGGGGAGCACGACUCUCGUGGGCUUGAUCGCAGGCUCUGCUGUGGCUGUUCUGCUGCUGCUGCUGCUGCUGGCCACCUGCCUGCACGGCGAACAGCAGGACCACGAUGUGGAGAUGAACCGUUCAGCUGUAAGGAGAAACCGAGUUCGGCGGGCUCAGCCCUGGUUCUUCCCGGGCCGGGGCCACCUGGGACACUUGCACCAUCCCCAUCGUCCUGGCCAUGCGUCUCACAUGCACCACGCGGGCCUCCACCACCACCAUCUCCACCACCAUCUCCACCAACACCGCCUCCACCGGGCCCACUUGCACGCCCACCGAGGCCACCACUGAUGCCUGUGGGUGACAGCCACUGCCUACCCUACCACCUCCAGGAGGAGUGGACCCCCACGUUUCUGAGCAGAAGGGCAGCUCUCUGUGGUGAAUGCUGGCUGGCAACUGUACCUGGGUCCUGCUUGGGCUUUAUUUGCAUAUGGUGCCCCAGUGAACCAACGAGACAGAAGACUGAGGAACCCCUGGGUGGCUCUGCGCACACUGCAGGGUGAGGAGGGUGAGAGCAGGGGUGAUCUUUUGGGGGUGGAUGCCACCUUGUGACUGUAACUCCCAGCGGGCCCCAGAAGUCACGCACACUGCUGCGUGGACGAUGCACUGAGCUCUAUCUGAAGUGCUCCUCUUCGGACACCCUCUGGCUCG